CUUUUUGACACUGUUGUCUGUUACCUUUUAAUGGUUGACGAAGAAAACUGCUUUUGUAACAUUAUGUUCGAGAUACAUUUAUUGAAAGGAAUACAAGGUGAAACACAUACUACAAACAAGAUAUGAGGAGUAAUUGAGCUUCUUGCUAGUUGACACGCGAGACAAGCCAUAGGGAGGGAGUUUAUCAAGCUGCGUGUUUUUAAAACUCAUCAUUUGAAGAGUGGCUGGCUAAUUUUCACGGGGAAAAAUCUGCAUAAGUGACAUACUUAUCAAGCAACGUGUUCACAAAGUUGUCAUUUGAAAAACUGCUUGCUAAUUUGCAUGGACUACAACGUCCUUAAAAGUCCAUUUGAAAGUCCUUUCACGUGUUUAACUUAUCAAGAGGCGUGUUAACAAAGUUAUCAAUUGAAGAGUCGCUUGAUAAUGCACAUGGAUGAGAAGCCGUAUCAGAUGUGUGGAAACACAUUUUCACAUACCUUUCAUCUUAUUUAAUAUAACUCAAGGAAUAGAAUCCUUAAAGUGUGAUAUACUUUUCAAUAAAAGUAACUGGCUGGCCCAGAUGAUAGUUCACACUGGAGAGAAACGAGAGAUACUGCCUUUUCACGUUAAUUCUCCUAAAGACUGCACGUGCCAAUUCAUACUGGAGUUAAACCAACCAGGUGUGAAGUUAGUUAUAAAGAGCUACAUAAUUAUUUACACUGGAAGAUAUCCUUUUAAGUUUGAGAUAUGUGAUACUCACUUAGUAUAAUUUGAAAAACAGCAUGCAAAUCCAUACAUGUGAAAAGCCGUGCAAAUUUGAAAUAUGUGAUGCAUGUUUUUCCAAGAAAAUAUAGCAAUAAAGACCAACAUGAGUAUUCACAGAGAGGAAAAACCGUACACGUGUAAGCUUUGUGAUUCGGCAUUUACACAAAGCAGUAGAUUAAAGUCUCAUAUGCGAAUUCACACUGGAGAGAAACCAUACAAGUGUGACAUAUGUGAAUCUAAUUUUUCUCAUAAACAUCAUCUUGGUACACACAUGCGAAUUCACACCGGUGAGAAACCGUACAAGUGUGACAUAUGUGACGCUGCUUUCUCCCAUAAACAUAGCCUUGGUUCACACAUGCGAAUUCACACAGGAGAGAAACCAUACAAGUGUAACAUAUGCGACGCUUCUUUUUCAAAAGACACUACUCUUAAGACACACAUACGAAUUCACACCGGAGAGAAACCGUACAAGUGUGACAUAUGUGAUACCGCCUUUUCAGUAAAAUCUAGCUUAACAAGCCAUAUGCGAGUUCACACAAGUGAAAAGCUGUAUUCGUGUGACAUAUGUGGUAUUGCGUUUAAACACAAACAUAAUUUAAAGACCCACAUACGAAUUCACAUUGAAGAAAAACCGUACAAGUGUGACAUUUGUGUCUCUGCUUUUUCAGAUAAAUCUUCUCUGAGGGCACACGCGAGAAUUCACACUAGAGAUAAACCGUUCAGGUGUGACAUCUGUGACGCUACGUUUUCAAGAAAAACUCAACUUAGAUCACACAUGCGAGUUCACACAGGAGAGAAACCUUAUUUGUGUAAGAUAUGUGGAACUAGUUUCUCCCACAAUGGAACUUUAACUAAACAUAUGCGAAUUCACACUGGAGAUUAACUUUAUAUGUGUGACAUGUGACGCUACUUUGUUCAAUUCAAUUCAAUAUUCUUUUAUUAUAUCACAGUUUACAUCUAAGUAAAAGCAUGUGAAAACGCAAUAUAUAUAUAUGUUAACACAGGUAUAAAUAUGUGGGUUAAUGGCGGCUUCACAACAGGUUUAGAGUUUAUCAUUAUACAAAACAAAUAUAAUUAGUAAGUAAGGGGAAUGUGGUUAGUUUAAAUAGUAUUAUUUUUUUUUAAUAACAAAACAAAUUCAUUUAUUUGAAUUAAGAUACAACAUAAUCGAUAUAGUUAUGAGAUAUCAAAUGAAAAACUAUAAAAUACAUGAUCAGAUUCGUUUAAAGUGAUUAACUAAGAUUUUAACAAAAAUUGCUGUUUUCCUUAAGGUAUCCGGGUUUUUACAAUUUAAAACUUCACUAAAGUGUAAGACAUGAGGUCUUGAGUAAAACCGACUACUUAUGUAUUGUUUUCUGAUAGGAUUAAAAAAUGGACAUGUAAGUAAAUAGUGCAGUUCGUCACCGAUAUCGUUUAGAUUACAAAACGUACACUUUCUAUUGACAUGUGGUACAGCAUUCUGUCUCCAUCUACCGACUUCGAUAGGGAAUUUAUGAUUACUAGUGCGGAAAUGCAAGAGUGUAAAACGUAGAGAUUUGGGUAAAAUAUUAAGGUACUCCUCAAAUUUAAUAUCAGACUUAAACAGAGAAUACAUUUUACCCUUAGACGAAAGAUUAAAUUGUUCAAAACAGU